CUGUCCUGGCUAUAAGUCGCCCGAGCGCCGAGAGGUAGGAGCUUGGCCUUCGACUCCCAUCGCCAGUUGCAUCCAUGCCUGGCGCCGCCGUCUACGUCGCUGCCGUGGUCGGGACCGUUGCGGUUGCAGUUGCCUUCAAGGAGUUCGUGUACGAGCCUCACAUCGCCCCAAGAAUCGAGCAAUGGGCCGAAGAAUUCAUCGCGAGGCGCAGAGCGGGCCGACGACGUGCUCUUGCCCCGCCCGUGCAAGCCCAGAUGUCUGACGACGCCCCGAGGAACGGACCUGGACCAGUCAACAGUGGCUUCGACGACGACGACGACAAUACUCCCCUAUCCAUCGAGCUUGAACGCUUGGUGAACACUGAGGUAUCAGAAUGGCGGCAGCAAGUCGGAUCUUCGAAUCUGAGGCGCAGACAACCGACCAGACUGGAGGAGUCGAACGUUACGAUUGCUCACCCUGUUAUAAGUCCUACGCAUGUUCUCUUUGACCACUCUGAGCCGUCGUCACCGGCAUCCACCUUAUCCAUGAGGCAAAGAAGCCGCCUCGCCUCCCAGUCGUCUGCGAACGGUGCGCCACAGCCGUCACCGCCGAUGGUGCAGAUCAGGAAUUCACCCGUGUUGCCGUCUCGCGGACCACCUACCCCCGUAUCUCUGGCAGCCUCCUCUCUGACCAUCAGCUCGGUAUCGUCCCGUGCAUCCUCACCCGAGUCGUGGGCAUUCAACAGCGCGAUAUCGGCGUCAGGCGCGUACCACGCCGAUGUUCAGCCCGCGCCUACGUCCCCCUUCUCGGAUGUGCAUGCCGUUCCGGUGCUGUCGCCCGUCUUCGGACAUGUUGCACCGCUCCCGGCAUCCGCCCCGGUGGUGGACGUGCACGUCCUUUCUCCGCGAUCCGCCCACGUGCAGUCCGACUUUGACUUCCUAUCCGCCUCCGACGACGAAAUCAUGUCUCUCGUCUCGAGCAUGUCGCCCGACGCCAGCCUGCACGGAGAUGAUCUACAGGUCCUCUCCGAUGAAACCGAUGACGACGAGGCUGGCGACCUCUCUGGCUGGACGAGCGUCGGCCCACGGCGCUGACCGGCGAGGAUCUCAUCCAUCGCCGGCUUCUCGCCGGCUUGUAGAGCUCAUCGCAUACCCGGCAUUAUUCUCAACUACAGUGGAUUGUACAUCGUUGUACACAUUUAGUGAUUGCCGCGGCUUGCGGUAUCUCAGUCAUUCUAUCUCAGUCAUUCUCUCUGUGUUCCCAGUCGAAUCUCUAACCCUUCCCCAGUGUUUUCCCGCGACUCUCUCGGCCGUUGUACAUUGUUAUUUUGUACAAAAUACUAUUGGAUGAACAUUGAUAGAUCGUUUU